CAAAAGAUUUAGUGCGACCAUCGGCUUUUAUUUUUAUUUUUAUUUAUUUAUAGUCAUUGCCAAGUAAAAAAUAGUAGAAUAAAGAGUAUUGUCGAAGAUUUCUUGAAUUUCAAUCGUUAAAUCAUAACAUAUUUCAUAUUGGAUUUCCUCAAGGGAAAGCUUGGCAAGCUGGGUAACCAAGUGUCGACGAACGGAGGUGCCGUACAGUCUGAGGAGAGGAGGUCUAGUGAUAGUUAUCAUAAUGUCACAAAUAAUGAGAGACCAAUCUCAACAAAGUUUGAAGGAAAGAAAUCUGAUGCUUCAUAUUACAAUCAAAACAAUAGUUCAAUGUCAAGUUUACAUAGAAAGAAAAAGGGUUUCGGAAAUAAGAUUAUUGAAAUAAGUAAACCUACUGAGUUUGAACAUGGAAUUCAUGUGGAGUAUAAUACUGAAAGUGGUAAAUUUUUGGGUAUGCCUGAUGUAUGGUCUAGCACAGUACCAAGCGAUGAAAUAUUAAAUACAAAAUAUAUCAAUCCUAACCUUGUCCCAAGUCCAGGUUCUCCUGAUACAACUGAGAUCACUGGUAAAAAAAUUGGACAGCCUUAUAAUUUUAAACAUAAUAUUCAUGUAGAUAUUGAUGAAAAUGGUUAUUUGGGCCUUCCUCCAGAAUGGAAAGCUAUGCUUGACUCAGCCGGUAUAACUGAAAAUGAAGUACGGCAACACCCAGAAGCAGUUCGAAAAAUCAUGCAAUUAAGAGUAGCGGAGGAACAAAAAAGGUUAAAUAAUUCGAUUACACAUCAACGAUCUGUUUCUCUUGGUUCUCCUCAUAAUAUACAAUCAAAUGGAGAAAGUUUUCGACCGGCAUCAACAACACUAGCUAGUUUACCUCCACGGAAAUCUUCCAUUAGAAAAUUUUCAAGUCCUUCCUUAAAUGGACAAUCAAAUGGGUCAAAUGAAAAUUUUAGUGGAUCAAAGCAUACUAUAAUUCCUCCUCAACGAACAAGUUCAAGUGGAUCUCAAAAAUUUGCGAAGGAUCCUUUAUAUACGAAUGCUGCAACUUCCCCAUCAUCAUCAAGAGCACUUACUAAUUCUUCAUCAGCAAGAAACAAUCCUGUACCAGUUCCGCCAAGAAGAGGAUCAAAUGUUGCAGUUACAUCUCCACCUCCAAAAGAUUCAAUACAAGGAGACAGACCUUCAUCGUCCAGACCUUCGUCUCCUAGGCCUUCAUCACGUGAAAGACCUACUUCUCCCAUACCAUCAUCACGGGGAAGGCCUACGUCGCCUGUUCCAUCCUGGGAUCGUGCGACUUCACCAAUUCCACCACCGAGAGAACAACGAAAAAUGUCAAAUGGGAACAUAUAUAAUACAAAUUCUUUAAUAUCAAUAAAUAAUGAUGAAAUAGUUUCUGCACAAAUACUUAAUGUUUCAUUUUUGCCAAGAGAUAAACCCACAUCUAAAUUUAUACCGCCCAGACCUACAUCCCCUAAACCACCACCACCACGUAAACUUUCUGGAACUCCCGUUACACCACUUCCGUCAAUCCAUAAAGUAGGGCCUCAACCACCACGACCUGAUCGGCCUGAUCGACCUAAUAGCCAACGAGUAGAAUCGAAUAAUAAUCCUCCUAUAUCUACUAAAAAAACAUCGAGCGUUACGUCGAUACCUCCAAUAUACUUAAAUAGUCCAGGUUCACCUCCCACACAAUCUUCACAAUCUUAUGAUAAUUAUUCAUCAACAAGGCGAAAUUCAGACAAUUCUGGAACUGUUGUGUACAAUAGUCAAGACAUUUCCAAUAAAUUAACUUCAGAUCCUUCUAACAGUUCAUCUAGUUCUAUAAUUAGUACUAAUUCAUCAAAAGAGUCGAUCAAUUCUAAUAAAGAACAAAUUAUUUCAGACAAUUCAACGCUAAAUAAACAUUUAAGUGAUACGUAUAGCGUAGAUGGAUCUACAAAUGAUGCGACUUUAAGUAAAAAACUAAAAUCAGCUUCAGAUAUAACUUUAGAACCAUUGGGAAUAACGGACACUUUUUCAAAACCUGACAAGCGAUCAACACAGAAUGAUAAUGAGAAAUCACGAUCAUCAAAAUAUUCUGAAGUAAUACGGAAAUGUUCAUCACUUUCAGAUAUAAAUCGGUUAUCAAAUCUGUCUAAUGAUUCCAAUAUGGAAAAUGAAUUUCCUGAACAGAAGUCUGUUGUUAAUCCCGAAACAUUGCCACGGGAAAUUAGACAUCUUGCUGAUAUAUUGGAAACGGGCGAUCCGGGUCAGAUUUUUACUAAUUUAAAUAUGAUAGCUGAAGGUGAAUCUGGUAACAUAUAUGCGGCAAACCAAAAUAAUUUGAAAAAUAUGGUUGCUAUCAAAGUCAUACCACUUAUUAACACUAAUAAAUUAGAAAUAUUAAAGAACGAAUUGUCUAUGAUGAAAAAAAGCAAACAUUCAAAUAUCGUUGAAUAUAUUGGAUGUUAUUAUAAAUCUGAUUCUAUAUGGGUGGUUAUGGAGUGUAUGGAAGUAUCACUUGCAGAUAUUAUAUCAAUGCAUUCUGACGGACCCAGGAUUAAUGAGUUUCAGAUAGCUCGAGUUGCUCGAGAGAUAUUAAAAGCUCUCACGUACCUACAUAGUUUAAAUCGUAUUCAUAGAGAUGUUCGUAGCGAUAAUAUCUUAUUGAAUGCUAAAGGAGAUAUUAAACUUGCGGAUUUUGUACACUCUGUGCAAUUGACGGAAGAACAACCUUAUAGAAACUCAUUAAUAGGUACACCUUUUUGGAUGGCUCCCGAAGUCAUAAAGUGCAAUAACUAUGAUACGAAGGUUGAUAUUUGGAGUCUUGGCAUAUUGUUAAGAGAAAUGGCAGAGGGAAGUCCUCCAUAUAUGGAAGAACAUCCACCAUUAAAGGCCAUAGAACUUAUUGCUCGAUACGGAGUUCCAGAAUUAAACAAUCCUGAAAAGUGGUCCGAUACAUUUAAAGAAUUUCUUGCAGAAUGUACAGAAAUUGAUGCUGAAAAACGAAAAUCAGGGGAAGAAUUGCUUAAGCACCCUUUCUUAGAACAUGUAUCUACAAGUGGAGAUUUUGAACGUAUGAUAAAAGAAUUUCGGCUUAUUGAAGAACAAGAUGCUGAAGAAAUGGAUGAUGGCAAAGGAGAAAAUGAGGAGGAUGAAUCUACACUAGUUAUAACAAAUGAACAAUCAAAUCAACAAAAUAAAAUAAAUUCAGAAGAAUAUGAAGAUGAUGUUGAAGAUUAUUAUGCGGACUUUUAUAUUAAUAGCAUGACAAAUUUUUAGAGAUUAUAUUUAUUUAACAGAAACAUUUUUUCAGUGUCAUAUUUCUUUUAUAGUUCAUUCUUUUAUUUAUUUAAAUUAUUUUGAGGAUUGUAUUUUUUAAAAAUAGUUUCUUUAAUUACCCAGACGUGA